UGUCCAAAACGAAUCGAAUAUUCGAAAAUAUUCGAAUAUCAAGGUAUUCGAAUAUCUUUUCAGUCCAUUUUCGAAUAAUUUCGAAUAAUGCCCAUUUUCGGCCAUGACAGGACUUUCCGCAGGAAACAAACGAUUUGCUUAGUUAGAUCACGCUUUGUUAGAUCACGUGUUGUUUUGACGGUGAAACGAACCAGCGGCUUGAUUGGUUUGUCGUUGCAGCACUCUCUGGCACGCUUGCUAUCUCGUUACUCUGAUUGGUUGGUUAAAGUCGUGUGCGCAUCUUCUUUUUUCGCAAUGCUCUCGCUUGUUUCUCGCGCUUUCUAUCUCGUUUCUCUGAUUGGCUGGUUAAAGCGGCGCGCGCAUCUCUUUUUUCUUGCAACACUCUCGCUUAUUUCUCGCGCUUGCUAUCUCGUUUCUCUGAUAGGUUGAUUAAAAUUGCGCGGGCAUCAAUCUUUUUUUAUUUGUAACUCUCGCUCAAAAGCGGUUUUGCACGCGAGCGCAUUGGCAUACUUUAGAUUCAAUAAAUCUGUCAUAGCCAGCACAGGACAGGAGAAUCCGAGAAUAAAAGUAUGCCUGCUGCCCUGCUUCCAAGUUUUUCCGAGCUUAGCGCAGGUCCAAUCAUGUCAUAUCAAGCUAAAUAAAACUCCUUAGGUACAAGUUUACAAUUAACGCAUAUAUAUACUUUUCAUUAUAGCUUAUUGCAUAAACUAUACAGAUAAAUCGAAUUCUUAAAAAACAUGCGUAGAGGUCGUAGAAAAUCGUCGGAAGUGUGGUCAUUUUUCACAUCACCAUCUGCUCCAGAUCAUGAAAAUAAAAAGACAGUGAUUUGCUGCUUAUGUAAAGAAAAACUCAGCUUUCAUGGAACAACCACCAAUCUGUCAGCCCACCUAAAGGCGAAACAUCCUUCUCAUUUGACAAGCUCAGGAUAUGCGCAAGCAACCUCCAGCACUGUUGGUCCAUCUGCUCAGUCCGCUGCAAAAACUAAAACGACACAGAGGAUGAUUUCGGACUACAGCAGGCCGCUGAUGAAUCAGCACAGGGCUGCAAAAAUCACCAGUCUAAUAACGAAUGUAAUAACUGGCGACAUGCGACCAAUAAAUCUCGUACAAGGACGAAAUUUUGUAAAAUUAAUCAACUUCUUGGAACCUGGUUACACUGUUCCUAGCCGUCAGUCUUUUACCAGGAAUAUUGAGGACAAUUACUGCAUCCUAAAAGUGAAAGUGAAGAAUGAAUUGGCAGCAGCAGACAAUAUUUCAUUGACUGCAGAUUUAUGGUCGAGCUGCAGAAUGGACUGCUAUUUCGGAGUGACAGCCCACUUUUUGGUAAAUGAUACCAUACAAAGCAGAGUUGUUGCAACUAAGCAAGUCACUGAAUCGCAUACUGCAGAAAAUAUCGCCCUGUGGGUUGACUUGCUGCUUGCAGAUUACGAAAUACCUCCGGAGCGAAUUGUUUCAGUUGUCACGGACAAUGGUGCAAAUAUAGUUGCUGCAAUGCGCUUAUGUUCUGCAUCCUACAACUGGCAACACAUUCGCUGUGUUGCACACACUUUGCAGCUAUGCGUGCAUGACUGCCUAAAAAAUGAUCCAAUAAAACGUGCGAUAGGUGCAGCACGAAGGCUUGUUCAACACGUGAAACAGUCCACCAAGGCAAUGUCUGAAAUAAGGCAAUUGCAUCAAAGCACAAGGACUGAAAAUGAACCACAAAAUUUUGACCUCAUCAUCGACUGCCAAACUAGAUGGGACUCCACCCAUGACAUGUUGGAAAGACUAUGUUCUCACCAGUGGAAAAUACGGCAGUAUCUCAGCAGCCUGCCAAGAACGAGAGCAGCAAUACUAGAGUUGCGGGAUGGACAUUGGAUCGUUAUACAAAAACUCAUUGGCCUCCUUGAGCCAUUGAAGACAUCAACAAAAUAUCUCCAGGGAGAAAAGUACAUUUCUAUAUCAUCUGUGUAUCCGGUUGUAAAAGGCUUAUGUGGGAAAUACAGCGAAAUAGAUGCUGCCGAUGACAUUUUUGAGAAGAAUUUCAAACUAUCCAUGCAUACGUCUCUCCAAACAAGAUUUGCCGAAGUGCUGAAUUUUAAUACCGAAACACCAAAUCUUUUUCACAAGUCCACACUUAUGGAUCCCCAUCACAAGGGAAAAUAUUUUACCCACCAAAAUAAAGUUAUGGUCAGAAAUGCGAUAAUAGAAGACAUGGGAGAAGCUCGGGCUGCCCGGCCAAUUGUUGAAUGUCAACAAUCCGAUAUAGCCUCAACCUCCACUUCAGCAUUAUCAAACCUAGACACAAUAUUGGCAUAUGGAAAACCAAGAGACAGUGACUCACCUCAUAGCAGCGAAGAUGAGCAGGGUGGAUGUACCUUAGAGAUGGAGUGGUACAACAAACAAAAGUGCCCCGAGACCGAUACCAUAACAUGGUGGAAUGCAAAUAAAGCUAAUGCGCCUCUGCUAUACAAGUGUGUGAAGAAAUACAUGAUUACCCCAGCCACAUCUGCACCCGCAGAGCGAUCAUUUUCCAGUGCUGGAUUAACAUCUGCGGGCUUAAGAUCUCGAUUGACUGGCGAACAUGUUGAGCACCUUAACUUUCUGCACUGCAAUAUGGACAAAAUGUAACAUUUAUUCAUUAAUAUCUGAGAAUACUUUUUAUACUGAUUUUGCUGUUCUUGUUUCUUUUCAUUUUUACUUCAUACAAUCCUGUGUUAUACUGUAUGUAAUACACUAGUGUAUGUGUAUUUAGAUUUUUUUUUCACUGUGCUGCAUUUCUCUCACUGCUGUCAUGUUAAAAUAUGUGUCUUGUUAAUAAACCUUGUGUUUCUCAAUA